UAAUAUCGAAUACAGUCCACCCUACAACUGUAAAGGGUUUAUUUAUACCUAUACUCCUGAGCUUUCGAUAAGGUGCUGAAUCUUUUGAGAAUCUUUGAAAAAUGCAAAUGUCUGGGUUUUUUGCCCAGUAGCGAUCUGUUUUUUAGGAUAAACGACAAGAACAGAUGAAUUCUCACAUUUCAUCGUCAUUCUAAUAAAUGAUCAGAUAGAUGUAGGCAAUAUUUUCUGAGAUUACACGAAACUAACCUAACCUAACCCUGAAAUCUGAUGAUGAAAAUCUCGAAUAAAUGCUUGGCCAACGAGGACAAUUGAAACGGGAAAAAUAAAAACAAGAAAUAUUUCUGUAUGAAUAACAUUAAUUUCAAUUCGGAUGAAUUGAUAAUUUAAUUUCAUCUUUAUCAGCAACUUUAGGGAGUUUUCUCACUCUCCUAGGGAUUUUUCCUAUAAGAAGCUCUUCAAGGCCAUCACUAAAAGCUUCUAUUUAUGUCAAGCCAACCAAACUAACAUUUGAAGCUUUAUAAUGUGAAAACGCUUUCAUUUACUUGAAUUGUUUGUUUCUUUGAUUAUUUCCAUUAUUUGUGGAAUUUUGAAAGAAAAGGAGUACACAAUAAUAUAGAUUAUCAGCGAUUUUUUAUUAUAUACAACUGAAAUAUUUCAUUAUAAAAGUUACCUCAUACUAUUCAUUAUGCUUUAUUCUGAGAGAGAUUCACCAGAGAACGAGACUGUUAUGGAAGCUUUAUUGUCUGGAGAUGAAGCAAAAUUGAGGGAUCUUUUGAAUGCAUUUCAAGAUGACAUAAAGCCUUAUAAAGUAUGCAGAAAUGGUACAACACUAGCAUGUGCUGCUGUUAAAACUGGGCGAAUAGAUAUUCUAAAAAUCAUUGUAGGAGACUCCAUACAAAGAUGUGAAGAAUCACAAUCUAAGAAACGUCUAAAAAAGACUGAAUCUGAUUUGGAGUUUGCUAUAAGAGACCCAACGACCUUCGGAUGUUACUACCGGACCACCUCUGAAUUUGAAAGUACUUCAAAUUGCCAGUAUAUUUAUUUAUUGAACACACUUGACAACAUAUCUCAACUAGAUAACUUUGGCAAAAAUGCUCUUCACUAUGCCGUAUUGUCAAGUGAUGUUGAAAUGGUAGAGUACCUUCUUUCAUCUUAUAGAGACCUACGGGGGAAUCAAUUGGAUAUCAAUAACAAUAGUCCAUUGCAUCUAGCUGUUGGAAAGGAUAACAUCGAAAUGGUCAAACUAUUACUCAGUUUUGGUUCUUCUGUUAGCUCAAAAGAUAAUGAGGGAAAAACUCCUCUUCAUAUUGCUUCUGAAAGAGGUUCUACUGAUAUGAUUUCAAUUCUACUAAAUGCAGAAGCAGAUGUUAAUGCUUUGGAUUACCGAGGUCAGAGUACAUUGAUGUUGGCAACAAUUUAUAAUCAUUCUUCUGCAGUAGAACUUCUGAUCAAAAGAGGGGCAAAAGUCAAUUAUGAGGAUGACCAAGGGUUCACAGCUCUCAAACGAGCAGUCUUUAUAAAAGAUUCGAAGGUUACCAAAAUUCUUGUAGAAAAUGGAGCUAGGAUAUGUGAAAGUCAAAAUUUAGUACAUUUUGCAGUUGUAUACAACCAAUUUGAAAUUGUGGAAAGUCUAAAACAUGGUGGGGCAAGAUUAGAUACCAGGGAUUCUAUUGGAAAGACGCCUCUUAUGGUUGCAAUCGAAUAUAGGAACUUGGAAAUGGUUAAAUUUCUUUUGGAGCUAGGUGCAAAUCCUAAUACCAUCAAUCAUUUAUCUAAAUCAACAUCGUUACAUAUGUCUAUAUUCUACAUCAAAGAUGCUGGUAUUAUUGAAACUUACAUAGACCUUCUAUUGAAGUAUGGAGCAAAUUGGUAUGCACGAAGUCAUUUUGGCUUUGAUGCUCUUUAUUAUGCGUUCUUGCACAAAAAUGAUCCUGCUGCAAUUCAUUUAAUAAGGAUUGGUAUGGAUGUGAAUUUCAGGAAUGACGAAGCCUUUCAUGAUUAUUUGUCUUCGUGCAUGUGGCAUGCCAAAACAAUCGAGCCGAUUAAGUGGCUGAUGUACGCUGGUUUCGAUAUCAAAAAUUAUGAGAUGCAAAAUUUUGAGGUGAGAAAUGAAUCUACUCCAAAGACUAUAAAGGAAAAAUUUUUACACAGCUUCCUACGUAAACCUCUUUCAUUGAGGUUUAUAUGCAGGAUUCAAAUAAGACGAAUAGUAAAACAUGAAGAUCUUUCUAAAUUACCCUUACAAAAUGUACUCCAUAGGUUUUUAAGAUUAGAGACAGACUAAUAGACUUAAAUUCUUUGUUUCUUGAUAUAAUUAUACCCUAAAGAAUGAAAACCAUUCCAUGUUUUCUAUUUUAAUAAUUUAAAUUUAAAAAAUCAGACAUGAUGUUGAGAUUUGAGAUUAAUACACCAUGGAAGUGUUUUUGAAAAAGUUUUAUUUUAAAGUCUCAAUUGUCUUUUAAAAAAUUCUUCAUAAGCAAUAAAUUCAUUAAGGGUAUAACUAUAUUACUCAAUCCAGUGAUAGUACAAAAAUAUGUAAUUUUAAGUGUUUUGUUACCUAUUUUUUUCUAAUGUUAUACAUUUAGUAGUAAUUUUAUCAUUUAGAAGACUGAAACAAUUUAGCUUGGUUCCUCUAACUUACAGUUCAUUCAAUCUGAAUUUUUGAAAGAAUUCUAGCAAAACCAAGCUUUAAGUUGAAUAAUUUUUUGAAGUGCUGUUGAACUAAAGUUUAUGAAAAUUUGACUGCACAAGUGUAUAUUACAGAACUGAUUAACUGCAAAAAAAAACACUGUUAAUUUUUA